AACUAUAUAGACAAUUGCACGAAUCUUGUCAUUCAAAUCGUUCACUGAUUUCCUUUGAAUAUCCGAAAAACUUAACUCCUUUGAAUAUCCGAAAAACAUUUAAAGCCUUGCUUUUUAAGUUUUUCGCCUAAGACAUUGAUAUGUCUUAACAACACCUACAAAAUUUGUCAAAAUGUAAUUUUUUUACUUGUGAGGUUAUGCCAGUUCUAACCUCAUAAAAAUUUAUCGCAAAUCGAUAUAAAAAUCACGUUUUUCUUUUAAAACCUUUAACCAACGGACAGAAACAUGGUGGAAGAGCAGAGGCAACGAGUCGAACAGGAAAUGACCAAACUCGUCAACGAGCUGGACAUGCAAUACUUGCGAAAAAUGCAGGCAGAUAUGCAUAGAUGUGCAGCGGCUUGUUGUGAUAACCGGGAAUCGUCGCUGGAGCGCGUCCAGAAAUGUGUGGAGAAUUGCUCAGAGCCCCUGAAUUGGGCCCAGAACUACGUACAAGAAGAACUGGGGGCCCUGCAGAACAAACUGCAAAGAUGUGUGAUGAACUGCAAUGAUGACGUGCGAGUCCAACUAGGGGUAAAUCCGUCCGAUUCAGAGGUGGAUAAGUUCACGAAAAUCUUCGAGAAAUGCGCCACAGGUUGUGUGGAUUCUCAAGUGAAAUUUAUACCGUCGUUGCUGAGAAAGAUGAAAAACGACUUGUCUAAUAGGACUGGGUCAUAGGCGUGAUUUCAGUCAGAAUCUCUUCAGUAGAACGUUCAGAGCAAUUGUUUAUUAUGUGCCAUUGACGAGUGUAUUAUAUUAGGUAUUUUUCCUA